AUAAUUUAAUAUAGGAAAUACGCCACGAUUAACGCCUGAAAGAGGCACUGAAAGUGCUCAAAAAGUGAAAGAAAUGAGAGAACUUUUAGAUUCUAUUCCAAUUGAAUUAAUCUCAAAUGGGUGUAUCAUAAAUCAAGACUUUACUUCAGACAUGAAGCUGUCAUUCAGUGAUAGAAAAGCAUGGAUCUCAAGGUUACCAGAGUCAAAAGAAUUAUUAGAUAAAUAUGCUAAUGAAUAUCCUGAACUUAGAGACCAAUAUUUGGCAAAGAAGAGAGAGAAUCAAACUAAAUUGGAACAAGCACAAAAUGUUUAUCAAGUUAAAAAAGCUUUAGAUGAUUUAGAAAGUUUAUUAAAUAAAGUUGAAGAUGAACUUGCUUCACAUAAAAAUGAAAACUCCGAUUAUUGGUUAUGUACAGAAAAAUUUACCAUAGCGGAUAUAUCGCUCUCAGUUUUAUUAAAUCGACUGUUGUUGCUUGGUCUAUGGAAACGUUACUUCGGCGAAGACAAACGUCCAAACGUAGCUACUUACUUUAAGAAAGUACAACAAAAAGACUGCUAUAAGAAAACAUUUAAUCACCACGGCUGCAUCUUCGGUUCAAUUUCCUGCGUCGGGAUCCACGGAAAGUGUUUUGCCACGGUCGUCAGUAUAGCCAGCGUGCUCAGCAUAGCGGCCAUAGCUGUUAUUCUUUAUCGACGCAAUAAAUUUUAGCAUUCUUAUCGUAGAUUAUCUACAAGUGUUGACAGCAUUUACAAUUUAACUGGUUGGAAUAUUAAAAACAUAGCAUAUAGAUUCAAAACAGUGGUAGAACUGAAUCAAUAUUAUAUUUUAUAGUUCUGCAUAAUUGAAUUAUGAAAUAUUUUAAUAAAACUUUUUAGUUUUACUAAAAUUAUCAGAUUAAAUUGAUUUUUUUCGUUAAUUCAAAUGGUAAAUUUUAGAAUCAUGGCUAUAUCAACUACCCGUAAGUAGAAUCUGUUUCUCGUAAGCUUUGAACAUACUGAUCGUUGUAUUGGCUGUACAGAAAAUUUAGUAUAAUUUUUAUAAAAUUGAUUUGUUUUGCUUGUUGAAAAAAAAUGAACGAUUUUUAGCAAUUCAGUUUUACCAGCAGUAUAACAUUCCAAACUUAGAUCUGUAGAUGCAUUGUUAUUUCAUUUAAAAUAAUGAAUAAAUAUCUAUUUCCCAAUAAA